AGACUUUAAUUGUGUUCUAUUUUAUUUUACUUUAUUUGCUUUUUAUUUUACUUCUUGUUCAGACUGAGUUUAAAUAAUUGCGGAAUAAAUUUAUGCUUUGCAACGAAAGGUUUUAUACUUUCACUUUCUUUAGAAGUUCUGUAUUUAAAUUUCAGAUAUAAUUUCAAGUAUUAGAACACAACCACUUCUUUCAAUAUGGCACAAUCUUGCGCAGCAGAAGACGCAACCAUGUCAACAGAGGUAACAUCAACAGAAUUUUCAGUCGACGCGAUGCAACAAUUUAAACGUUUUCUAAUGCUUGGCUGCGAAAACACAAAAAAUAUAACUACAUGUAUAGAUAUCGUAAAAUCAAACAUAUCCAAUCUCAUGAAGUUGAUUCAAGAUGGCGGCUAUGGGUGUGACGUCAUUAAAGUAUUAAAGGAAUAUCGUAAGGAAGGAAAAUGCGAGAAAUUGCAUUGUUUACUCAUGUGCUUAGCCAUUUGUGCCGUGAAUGAAAGCACGAAGACGGCGACGAGAAAGAUCUUAACGGAUAUUUGUUACAUCCCGACGCAUUUGUUUAUGUUUUUAGAAUUCUGUUUCCAAUUUGAGCAGAAAAAUCGAAACUACGAAGACUUAGUAAAACUGUUAGGCUAUAACCUUUACAACAAAGAAAAAGCUAUUAAAGAAAAACCUAAGAAAAAGAAGAAGACGAAAAAUAAAAGUAAGAAAUCUACGAAGGAAGGACAUGAUGAGCCUACGAAGAAAGAACAUGAUGAGUCUACAAGAGAAGAGCAUGACGAGUCUACGAAGAAACAGGUUGCGGAAGGCAUGGAAGUUUGCGCUGAAACAGAGUGCGCUGGUACACAACAGCUAGGCACAGCUACAGGUAGCAAGAGAAAUAUCGAAGCCGUUGCUGAAUCCUCUGAAGCAAAAAAAUCAUUAAUCGAGGUCGAAGUAGCAAAAGAACAGAUUACACAAGGUGUGAAAGAUAUCGAUUUGAACAAAGAAGCGACGAACGUUGAUAUGGUGGAUAGUACAAAAAUGGCGGCAAAAAAAGUAGGACGUAAGGAUACAAAACCACGACAAGGAGAAAUCAGUAAGAGACAGAUCGUGUCAAAGUAUCGAAAGUUCAUCGAGGCGUGGUACACUGACAAGGAGAAAAGUGCUGUGAGUUUUUUGUACCUUUUGACAAAAUACCAAUCCCGUUAUGGUUGGGAUCAUGCGAUGUUAUUUCGUUAUGCGCAUGUCAGUAUUCCGGAAAGCGAUGAGGAAAAGGAUGUAAAGGAUAUUAUUGUAAAGUACUGCUUGAAAGGGUACGAAGCUGCGAUAGCAGAUCUGGAUGUUAAGAAAGUUUAUAUAGAACAACCAAAAAGCCGACUCAAGGACUUUCUAGAUACACUAAAAGAGCUUAAGCAGCUAAAGGUAGUGACAAAUGAAACCGAGCAAAAAAUUGUGGAAAUAAUCGAGUCAAAAUACAGAGGUGUAAACGGUCAGAAAGUUGUAAUGUAUGCCAUGCCACGGCAAAACCCGCUUUAUGAUGACGAAAACUCAAUGGCUUGUAAGUCACGAUUGCAUUUGGCCUUUGAACACUUGCCGAGUAUGUUCUUUAACUCGAAAAAGGUUUGGCAAGCUUUGCUGAAAGACAUCCCAUUAACAAGUUUACUGUUCAACCUGACAAGAAUGAUCAAACUGGGCAUUUUCGAGUCUGAAGAAAACAUAACCUGUCUUGAAAAAUCGUUAUCAGAAGAUAAAAUAAAAAAGGCUGGUCUAUCAGUACAUCCUCUGAGGAUGCUGACAGCUUUGUGGAACGUUGACAGUGAACUGAGCAUGCGCGAUCCUGAACAAAAUCCACGAAGUAGUGAUAUAUGUGGUAUCUUACGAAAUGCUUUUUAUCAUAGUUUUCGGUGUGACGACUGUAAAUCGAAAACCGAUCAAAAAAUUAUCAUAAGCAUCGAAGCUUCGUCCGCCAUGUUGCAAACUGGAUUCCUUUUGCAUCACUUUUUAUCACCAGCUAUGACUGCAGUGGCUUUGUCAACCGUUUUGCUAAAAUCACACCAAUCGUCGACCGUUUAUGUAGGUAAUCUAAAGACGACCCUUCAACCUGAGAAGAUACUAAAAAAUAUGCGCAAAGUUGCCGAGAAAAAUCCGGUCAAAACAGACCCUUCGUUUGCUAUCGAAGAGACCAUUCGAAGGAAAGAAACAGUUGACGCUUUUCUCAUCUUCGCAAAAUCUUCAAGCAGUAAAUCUUAUGCGGAGUUCAAGCGAUACCAAACUGAAUUUGGUGAAAACGGUGUUAAAUUAAUAAUCUGCUCAAUGACAGCUAAUUCUAGUAUGAUUGCUGAUCCUGGUAAUUCUAGCAUUCGGGAAGUUUGUAGUGGUGAUGCUAACUUCGUUAAUGAAAUCUGCAAAAUUUUAGAAGAAUGAAAAGCUGAUUCGAAAUGGUAUUUAAAAAAAAAUUUUUUUUCUUUUAAAGGAAAAAUAACUGUAUACUUUUAAAUUCAAUGCAUUGACACUGAAAUGGUGAUGCAAAAAAUCUUGACAUCGUGUUUUUCAUUUGUCGUUAAGAGGUGACGACAAGUUGACAAGUGAAAGGAUCAAAAACAAUAUCUUUAUAUUUAAAGCCAUGUAUAGAUAAAAAAAAAAUCAAAUUUUAGACGGAUUCUGACUAUGAACCAAAAUUAAUCGGAUAUAACAAACUUACACUUCAAUCUAUUGGAAGUGACGUGAUUGAUAAUAAAUGUACGCACGAUCUUAAAGA